ACUACACACAAAAAACAAAAAGUGGACACGCGUCACCCAUGCUCUUCACUCACAAAACGCAGUCGUUUCCCAUUUCUCUCUUCGAAGCUCAAAGUUUUCACUUCACAGUCACAUAGCUUUUUAGUUCAGACGGAAACGAUAAUGGCGGUUUUUGGCGGGAAAAAGGUCCAUCAAAUUGUCACCGGCAUCGGCACCAACGGCCUUGCCCAGGUUGUCGUCGCCGUCGCUUUCUCCUUCCUUGUUCGCAUCUUCUCCGCUCCCGGUCCCGCUCUCUUGCCGGAUAACGACUACGACGACGACGACGACGAUGUUCCAAAUAACGAUUCACCCGACGGCGAAACUCCUACUCCUACCGGAAAAGUCACGCCGGUCACAAUCCGUUGGAACAAUAUUAAUUGCUCCAUUUCUGAUAAAUCCUCCAACUCCGUGAGGUUUCUGCUUAAAAAUUUGAGUGGAGAAGCUAAGCCAGGAAGAUUAUUAGCCAUAAUGGGGCCUUCAGGUUCAGGGAAGACAACAUUGCUUAAUGUUCUUGCUGGUCAACUGGCAGCGUCGCCUCGGCUUCAUUUGAAUGGACUUUUGGAGUUCAAUGGAAAGCCUAGUUCUAGAAACGCUUACAAGUUUGCUUAUGUGAGACAGGAGGAUCUCUUCUUCUCACAGCUUACUGUGAGGGAAACAUUGUCUCUUGCUAUAGAAUUACAGCUUCCCCACAUAUCUUCUGUCGAAGAGAGGGAUGAAUAUGUCAACAAUCUCCUUUUCAAAAUAGGCUUGGUCAGUUGUGCCGAUACUAAUGUUGGUGAUGCAAAAGUUCGCGGAAUCAGUGGUGGCGAAAAGAAACGUUUAUCAUUGGCAUGUGAACUGCUUGCAAGCCCAUCUGUUAUAUUUGCCGAUGAACCCACAACAGGACUUGAUGCCUUCCAGGCUGAGAAGGUUAUGGAAACUCUGCGACAACUUGCACUCGACGGUCAUACUGUAAUUUGCUCUAUACAUCAGCCAAGAGGUUCAGUUUACAGCAAAUUUGAUGACAUUAUCUUGCUAACUGAUGGUUCACUUGUUUAUGCUGGUGCUGCUGGUGAUGAACCAUUGGCGUACUUCUCAAAAUUCGGGUACCACUGCCCAGAUCAUGUUAAUCCUGCAGAAUUUUUGGCCGAUCUUAUAUCCAUAGACUACAGUUCUUCUGAUAGUGUUUAUUCUUCUCAAAAAAGGAUCAAUGGGCUUGUUGAGUCAUUCUCACAAAGACAGUCUACAAUAAUAUAUGCUACUCCGAUUACUCUAGAUGACCUCUCAAAAAGUAGAAGGAGAAUCAGCAAGAGGACUGUAGCAAAAAGGAAAGGGGGCUGGUGGAAGCAAUUCUGGUUGCUUCUUAGACGGGCAUGGAUGCAGGCUUCCCGUGAUGCACCUACCAACAAAGUUCGGGCAAGGAUGUCAAUUGCAUCAGCAAUUAUCUUUGGGUCGGUUUUUUGGAGAAUGGGAAAAUCUCAGACUUCAAUACAAGACAGAAUGGGAUUGCUUCAGGUUGCUGCAAUAAACACGGCUAUGGCUGCUCUCACAAAGACUGUAGGCGUGUUUCCGAAGGAACGGUCAAUUGUUGAUAGAGAACGUGCCAAAGGCUCCUAUACCUUGGGCCCCUAUCUGUUUUCAAAACUGUUGGCUGAGGCUCCCAUUGGAGCAGCAUUUCCAUUAAUGUUCGGUGCUGUUUUAUACCCAAUGGCACGACUCCAUCCUACUUUGAUGAGAUUUGGGAAAUUCUGUGGAAUCGUUACUGCGGAAUCUUUUGCUGCAUCUGCCAUGGGUCUUACUGUUGGUGCUAUGGUUCCAACCACCGAAGCAGCAAUGGCAGUAGGCCCCUCUCUUAUGACAGUCUUUAUAGUAUUUGGUGGCUACUAUGUCAACCCCGAGAAUACCCCAAUUAUCUUCCGAUGGAUUCCUAGUGUUUCUCUGAUUAGAUGGGCCUUUCAAGGACUUUGCAUCAACGAAUUUCAUGGUCUUCAAUUUGAUCAUCAGAAUUCAUUUGAUACUCAAACCGGAGAACAGGCACUAGAGCGUCUUUCCUUUGGAAGAAGUACAAUUAGGGAUACAUUGUUAGCGCAAAAUAGAAUAUUGUUAUUUUGGUAUUGCACCACCUAUCUUCUCCUUGAGAAAAACAAGCCCAAAUAUCAGCAACUUGAAACAACCCCUCCUACCCACGGCAAACCGCAUUUAAAACUCGAGGAGUUAAAUUCUGAACAAGUUGAUCAGACACAUGAAGCACCCGAGGUCAGCCAAACUGGUCCUGCAUCCGACGAGCCCCUUGAUUCAACUGAAGUCGACCCUGUUGGCUCUUUUAUACUAGAAGGUGCUCAAUAGAGUGAUAUCUUUGCAAAGGAUGACCUACAAUUACUGAGAAGUCAGCCGAUUCCUAUAGAACAAGACCACAAUCACCGAUAUCCACGAUGUCAUUAUUGGACAUCCAAAACACCAGCUUAUGUUAACAUAUUCUUACCUGCUGUAAUAAUAAACAGUGACAGUGGAUAAUUUUAAGCAGAUUCGUGUUUGGUUCGUUUAAUUAAAGCGACAAUUUUUCAUUCGGCGAUCUGAGCAUGUAGAAAUUGUCUAUGCAAUCAUUUUUUCUUGAUUGUGAAUAUUGUCUAUGACCUAUGAUGCGUGAAAGUUGAGGCAGGAAGGUUUCUUUUGUAUGAGCCUAUUUUAAAAUUUGCCUAGUGGACACUAAUGUUCUAGACUUUCCUAUUUAUUGCACAAUAUUGAAGCAUUUUUGGUCA